GGAUCUUCACCAACUUAUGCCCAAACCUUCGCCAACAGUCCCCCAUGGAGAUUCAGAUACACUUGUGAUACUGACUUGCUGACCCCAGAUCAGCGGCUCUUCUACGAGGAAAAUGGCUUCAUCCUCAUCAAGAAUUUGGUGUCUGACGAGGACAUCGACCGGUUCGGGAAGGCAUUUGAGCGGAUCUGUCGGCAGGAAGUAAAGAUUCCCGGUCUGAUUGUGAUGAGGGACGUGGCCAUUGCUAAGUCAGAGUUCGUUGCGGAUCAGAAAGCAGUUUCCAAACUCCAGGAUUUCCAGGAAGAUCCUGAACUGUUCCGGUACUGCACCUUACCCCAG